GGGCGUGGCGUCAGGCUCGGCGAGAGAGAAAAGCAAAACAAUCAUUUUUAUCCCCUUUACCGGCUGCUUUUAGGGUCCGUAGUGAAAUACACUCUCGACAGAGAGUCGUGGUCAACACAAUACUGUUAAAUGCAUCUUUUCCCGCUCAGCACUAAAAUCUACCGAAAGCUGGUGAUUUUGUUAAGUCACAUUUGAUUCAGGUUGAAAAUGACUUCCAAACGUCUUCUCGAGCAGCCUCGAGCCGGCGACAGCACGCACGAGGGGGGCUGCGCCGGGCAGCGCGAGCCUGUCAUUGGAAAAGCGCUGCAUGAAGUUGCUGUAAGGAAUUUUGGCAAAGAAAUCUCUCCAAAUGGACAUUACUAUACCUCAACGAGAGAGAGGCACUACAUUCAUAAGAAAUUUGCAUGUGGCAGAGAAGAGGACGAACAGAGCUCAGGUGGGGUCCUUAAACACGGCUGUCCUGCUCAUCGCCUGAUCCUGAAUGGCAUCAGGCUACAAGACCAAACCCACAUGGAGGCUCUGAGCCUGGUGAGAGGGCCUGGGGAGCCGGGAUGUCGCCUUCCAUCUCCCGAGACACCACACCCGCACACGUCCUCCAUCAUCCCCGUCCCACAUGACAGGAGGCCUUCUGGUCAUGCUGAUAAAGAAGUGAUGGCCGCCACCGUCCUGACCACACUGUCCACCAGCCCAUUGGUGCUCAACCCUUCCUCCAGUGCCUCAGGUGUAGAUCUGGCUAGUAAGGGCUGGAAGGAGAGCCUGUCUGCCAGUUACAGCAGCUCCACCAGUGGGAACUGGAGCUGGGACGCCAGUGACCAAUCGGUGCCCUCCACGCCGUCCCCGCCCCUCUCCAACGAUGCCGGCAAGAGCUUCCUGCUUUCCUCCCAGAGUGAUGACAACAAUGAGGAAACCGAGAGUACACACUUCCUGUUUGAGGACCCCAUCCCCCGGAAACGAAAGAACUCCAUGAAGGUGAUGUUUAAGUGUCUGUGGAAGAACUGUGAAAAAGUCCUCAGCACCUCCUCAGGGAUCCAGCGGCACAUCCGCACCGUCCACCUGGGGCGAAAUGGAGAUUCUGACUACAGUGAUGGCGAGGAGGAUUUCUACUACUCUGAAAUCGAGGUGAACAUGGACACUCUUUCGGAGGGGCUGUCCAACCUCACGCCCACCUCUCCUACUACGUCCGGGCCGGCCCCUGUCUUCCCCAUCCUGACUUGUGAUGUGUCUCGAUCUGAGCCCGCCCACAUGAUCCACACCCCACUCAGCCAAUCAGCACCGUCGGCGCUGUGUCACAUCCGCACUGACCACGCUUACCAGGCUACAACCCCUGUCAGCAUUCCCAGCAUGCCCUCUGAACCGCCUCACAGUGAGGAUAGGAUUAGUGUAUCCUGGCAGUCACCCCCUGUCAUAUAUAAAGCUCUACCGGGCCCUAUGACUCAAAUCCGCACUGUGAGCAUUGGUGAGAAGAGACAACCUGUUAACCACACCACUGUCAGCAAAAUACACAGCAACAACACCUCUGCUUCCAAACCCACCACUGGAACCAGGAAACCGCGUGGCGAAGCCAAGAAGUGCCGAAAGGUGUACGGCAUGGAGAAGAGGGACCUGUGGUGCACAGCGUGCCGUUGGAAGAAGGCCUGCCAGCGCUUCACUGACUGAGCUUUAUCCUUUAGCCCACUUCAAAACGUGCUCUUUUAUUGCAGCUGUUCCACGGACUAAGCACCGAUAUCUCCUGCACAACUCUCACAGGGGACUUGAUGAGCUGAGAUGGUGUCCGUCUGAGGCGUGUGGCCUUUUUAAAUGUCACUGAUUCCAGGCCACAAGGGGGUGCUCUUUUCCUACUGCUUCCAUAGUGGAACAAUGAGACUUUUAUUCAGAAAAAAACUGAUAAAAAGCUAAAAAGAGGAAAAUACUUUGAAAAAAAAAAAGCUUUUUGGCUUUUGCUGCAUUGCAUAUUAAGGCAAAAAAAGUUACUUUUUCAUAAGUAAUCCAGAAAUGAAACAUUCAAAGCAGAUUUUUCAGGCAGUUUAUUAUACUUUCAUGUUUUGUGAGCGUUCUGUGGAAUACAGCUAACGAUUUUUCAUGAUUUUAAGUGUGGCAGACUUUAUACAUAGCAGUUUUUAACUGUUCAAAGCUCUGUAAGCUAUUUUGACUGGGUAUUGAGUAUUUCAAACAGUUAACCCUCUCACACCAAGAAACUCAAAUUCAUUUAUGGACAUAAUUUAAACUUCAACCAACUCAGAUUUUGUUCAAAAUCAAACUAUUUCUGGAUUUACAGCUUUAUUUUGCCUACAAGCACUUUUAACGGCCAUGAAAAUCAUCUUUCAUUUCGAUAAAGCAGAGUGCAGUUUAGCAUCACAUCUGGCGCGUUCAUGUCCACGGUGAGCGUUUCGCCAAAUAGUCAAAAACUGUUUCGACACACAUUGCUAAAGUAAUACCUCUAAACAAGAAUGAGCCUUUCAGAGAGAGGCCUCAGUGUACUUCAGCGCGAGUAGUUGUAGUGCAGGAAUGUAAAAUGGCCUCUCUCUGCGCUUAACGCACCGAAACUAUUCUGUCCCUCACAGAUCAACUGCCUCUUUAUAAGCUAUGAGGUUUAUUCCUGUCAGUCCACAGUAUUAAUUCAAUGGCAGGCACUUUAAACAGCCACACUUCAGAUUUAAUUGUCAUCCCAGCAGGACAUCCCAGUCUAAUGUGAUUCAGAAAUCAAGUGUUUUCCACACAAACACACCUUCCUGCAUUUUACGGAGUCUUUGUGGCAAAUUCAGGCCACAUUGUGCUUCCUAAGAAAUAAUUUUCUUCUCGUUCAGCUUAUGGAUAUUAUUCACGUAAUGGAAACGCUUGCUCUGAUAACAUGUAGAUGUCUUCCACUGUGCUUUCUUUUCAUAUGGAGGUUAUCAUGUGAUGUCUCCAUGUAAACAGGCACACUGUGCUGUCUGACCCUCUCAAUAUGAGCCAAGCAACUCUGAGCUGUUACACUGCCAAAAAAUUAUCAGCUUUGUAUUUUUUCCAUUACAAAUAUAUAAAAGCUCUCAAGAUACAUUUACUUAAAGGGAUAUUUCACCCAAAAAUGAAAAUUUUGUCAUAAUUUAACCACCCUCAUGUUGUUUCAAACCAGUACAAGUUUCUUUCUUCUGUUGAACACAAAAGGUAUUUCAAAGAAUGUUGGUAAUCAAACAGUUGACGGUAGCCAUUGACUUCCAUAACAGGUAAAAAGAAAUACUAAAACCCACCACAGUCAAUGGCUACCGUCAACUGUCUGGUUACCAACAUUGUUCAAAAUAUCUUCUUUUGUGUUCAACAGACGAAAGAAACCCGUACAGGUUUAGAACUUGAGGGUGAGUAAGUGACAGAAUUUUAUUUUUUUUGGGUGAACUAUCCCUUUAAGAAUGGAAAUGACUCAAUAUUAAGUUUUAAGGUGAUGAUACAUGGGGCAGCUUUUUGAGCGAUGUUGCUUGGGCACUUUUCCAUUGAGAUUUGGGCAACAAAUUUCGAUCUGAAGUAUCCAGAUAGAAAUUUGUUGCCCAUUCUCAAUGGCAAAGUGCCCAAGCAACAUCGCUCGAUGACAUUGCCCGGCAACAUUGCUCAAAAAGUUGCCCUGUAUCAUAACCUUUAGUUUCUGAAAAAUAUAUUUAAAUCCAGAAACAAUAUUCUUGUUUUAAGCAUAAACUCACUUGAUGUUUUUCUGCAAACAAAGAUGGUUAAAUCAUGUUGCUUUUCAAGUCAAUGUAUCUUGAUUUAAGAAUGUUUAGAUAUUUGUACUGGAAAACAAAAAUGCUGAGUUAGAAAAUCCUGUUUUUGCAGUGAACCCAUGAAACACUGACAGUGAUUGGACAUGUGACCUGUAUCAUUAAAGGGAUAGAGUUCACCCCAAAAUUUACUGACCCUCAUCUCGUUCCAAACCUGUAUGAAUUUUGUGAAAUAUAGUUUUGGACCCCAUUGACUUUCAUUGUAUGGACAAAAAUGCUAUUUUUCAAAAUAUAUUCUUUUGUUUUCCACUUAAGAAAAAAUGUUUUAGAAAGACAUGAGGACUGAUGACAAAUUUUGGGUGAACUAUUCCUUGGAGGAUAUUAAAGGAAUAGUUCACUCACUCAUUUUUCAAUUUUGGGGUGAAUUAUUCCUUUGAAAAGAAACUCUAAUCCCAAUCCUAACACUUUGUGUCAAAACAUUUAUUUUUCACCUUCCAGGUUGAAGAUUAAAUCUCGUUUUUUCAUUUUAUCAGACCAAACAAAACUGGCAAUCAAAAUGUAGCUCCCAAAAAUGUAGCGGUUCAAAGAAACAACUGGGAAAAUGUGUAAUUACCAAAUGACCGAAUCUGUCUGUCAAAGUAUAUUGUCCAAUCACAGCUUAGAGCAGCUUUGUCUUUCUUUCCCAGUGGUCAGAAAGGAAAAAGCAUCCCUCUCAUGAUCAUAACCUUCACUAAGUGCCAAUGAGAAGAACAAGAGGGAAAAAAUUUAUAAUUGCACUAACUUGUACUGCACAAAACGUAUAUUUUUAUGUACCGUUUUUAUAAGCAGAAAUUGAAGUUUUUAAAAAGCAAAACCGCCGUGCUUCUCUUCAUCGGGUCAGGGACGGGGUCUUUUCUCUGACCUCGCAACUAUAAGCUUACGUGGCGGUACUUUAUGGCGGCGUUGUGCUGGUUCGGGCCUCACAGUGCGCGACAGUGAGUUUGUGACUGCAGGCUUUGGCAACUAGCCUUCAAACUCAUUUCUAGGGAACGUCACUGUCUUGAUUUAUAAUAAAAAAUUGUUUCUCAUGUUAAACAUUGUUUUUCUUCAUAGGAAAAAGAACCAUGACGAUUUGGAUUUUAGGCAUCGAAAACCAGGCCGUCGGACAGUGACGCGUUAAAUACGUUCGUCAAUUUAAUGGCUUCUUUGCCAAGACUUUGAUAAUAUAAUAUAAAAACCAUGAGUGCUUUUUGUUUUAAAGAAUGAAUAUAAUAUCAUUGUAUAUUUUGGGGCUGAGGGGAAACGGGGAAAAAAGAAGCAUCAAUGAAUGUAAAAUCUACAAAAUGAGUAUCAGCUGUCUCACGCAAAUUUCUUUCGGUCUUUUAUUUUCUUUCAUAUCAAGUAGUUAGAACCACUCAGUGUUUUUUCCUUUCGUUUUCAUUUUCAGUUGCCGCUUACAUUGAUGCGUUUUCAUUGUUCUGUGGAUACGCGAAUGUGUACAUCAUGGUGUAUGCGUGUAUUAUUGUGAGGCAGGAGGGACGUUGCUAUGUGGAUCAUUGUGUCAUCCUGCCCUGCACAUUCCGAUAGAUGACUUCAUGUUAGUUCAUCUGAACUUUUGUCCGUCUAUUCCCCGUUAUUCUAACUUCACUGACUGCCUGUUGCUUCUUCAGCCAGGAUAUUAAGCUAAACAACCAAGAAAAUGUGUAAAAGCUCCACUUAGUCUCUUUGUAACUUUCAAAACACUUCAGUGUUCAAGAAGCAUCUUCACAAUAAUCCUACUAUUCUAUACAGCUUUAACGUACAUCAUACAAUUCAAACUCUUUCUGCCUUGUUUAACUGUUGAGGUCUUGUCAUUAUCAAGCCCUUUCCCUUCACCAUUGUUCAUUGGUUGAGAUUUGAUGCAUGUCUUGUAUCAUCUUUGUACUAUCUUGCUUUAUUAUUGUUUUUCAGAAGUUGACAGUGACAGUGUCCAGAGUUGAGUGAAUGAACGAGAGGAUGGAGUUUUUUCUGGUGUUGACUUCGGUUGGUUGGUUGGUUGGUUGGUGAUGAGAGUGUGGUUUCUUGUGGCUGUAAUGUGGAGAUUGAAAUAAACAUGGAUUUCAGAAAGA